GAAAAGCGAUCCACACAAUCCACAACCUUCUAAACAUCAACAGUCCGUCAAAUUGCCUUCACCGCAGCUUUCGCAAUGACCGCAAAAGCGGACAAAACCCAGGACAUCCUCCGCAAAAGUUUGGCCAAAUGCUUCGCGGAAGGGUCGCUCGCCCCGGACGGGCUGGUUCCGUCAGAGGCAAUCUUCGAACUCUUCUCGAAGGACCUGUUCGCCGAAUGCCGUAAGGACGUCCGGCUGCGUGAAUUCCAAGCCCUAAUGCAGCGCUCUCCGCUGGUGCUGGAGACGUUGCUGCCCGAGCCGGACAGGAGGGAGUAUCGGGUUGAUUUGGGUAGGUUGCUGGAGGAAGCGGGAGAGACUGAGAAAGUGGUGGAGGAAGCGGUAGAUCCGGUAAAGUCGGCGAAACUUUCGUCGAAGGUUGACUUGCUGAUUGGGGGGAUUCAAAAGUGCGCGUUGACGCGUCACGAAUCGGACGAGGAUCUAACGGCUUUGGUGGUUAAGAUCAAGCACGUGACUACGGUGUCCCGGUGGUUCUAUCCGGAUUACAAGCUUUCCGGGAAGAGCUGCAUCGUGUGCCGGUUGGAUCUGCAGAGUGAGCAGCAGGUGCAUCAACACUACCGGGAGAAGCACGGACUGGCGCUGAAGAUAACGCCGGACGGGAAGGAGGUGCGUAAGGCGAAGACCAAACUGGAGGUUUCGAUGAGGUUCGACCAGUGUCAGCUGAGCAGUACGGUUCAGAUUCGCAACUGCAAGGCGGUUAGGCUGAACGUUGUGUCGGUUUACCUGUUUCAUAACCGGUUCCAGCUGUACGCGAUCCGAGAGCAGCCUACCACCGAUUUGGAACCUGGUGAAACGCAUGGGUUCCUGGUGCCGAACAGUCUUCUUAAGAAGAACACACUCAAGUACUCGCUGCUUCUAGUCUAUCGACAGACGAACGACAUCUCCGAAUAUCUCGAGCAGCACCACAUCAGCGUGGCCGAGAUCUGCUCGAAUGCCGGACAAAGCUCGCGGCGCAAACACACCAAAGAAAUUCGCCUGCGACCUGGCCACCUGGACAAUUACCUGCCAACUGAAAAGCUCACGGAACUUGUAACGAAUAACUUGAAGAUUUCACCGGAACCGUCCAUCAGCGAACCACUUCUGCUGGACGCAAUCCGAUACCUGUGCACUACGGAACCCGCGACUCGACUGACCCCAGCCAACUACUGCGACAUGCUGGAGAUCAUGGUCCACGUGUGCGAUCUUAACGUCCAGCUUGAUCUGGCGGAGUUCAAAGCGGAGGACGCGGCGCUGAUCCAAAUGGGGAAAACUCGCCAGUAUCGGGUGGAGCUUGCCGACUUCGAUGCUCCGUUGACGAAACUCUCCAUGGGCGACAACGUCUACGUUACGGUUGAGGAUCCGAAAAAGGGACGCCUUGAGCUGCGCGGAAGUUUGGUGCUGAUUCAAACCGAUUACCUCAUAAUUGAGCUGAACAGAAAGCUUGAAGGGGAAUGUCGCGGGCAGGUUUCGUUGCUGCCUGAUCGGUUGAUCUGCCGGCUCGAGCUGCAUGCGCUGGAUUUGGUUCGAAGGUAUCAACUGGCGCCGUUGUUCUUUCCCGAGGAGGCCCCCAAGCAGCUGGAGAACGCUAAGGAGAUCAAUUCCUGGUUCAACCCUAGUCUUGAGGGCAACGUCGAGCAGCAAACUGCCGUUCGGAACAUUGUCAAUCGAACAGCCUACCCGCUGCCGUACAUCCUGUUUGGUCCACCCGGAACCGGCAAGACCACAACGCUCGUGGAAGCAAUCGUUCAGAUUUGUACGCGCCAUCCGUCGGAGCACAUCCUCGUAACGGCCCAGUCGAACGCGGCCUGCGACGAACUCGCGGUCCGUCUAUUGCACUAUCUGGCACCAAAGUCCAUCUACCGGUUCUACUCGCGAUCGAUCGAAAAGCGUCUCGAAGAACUUCCGGAACCGCUGAAACAGAUCUCCAACCUGGCGGACGGCGUCUUCCUGUGGCCACCGUGGGAAACGCUGUACAAAACCCGCGUCAUUGUCUGCAGCUUGACCGUUUGCGGACGAUUGGUGCAGGGCAACAUGAAACCGAACCAUUUCCGGCACGUGUUCGUCGACGAGUGCGGAAGCGCUUCGGAACCAGCAACCCUCGUUGCCCUAGCUGGACUGGUCAGCAAACGCAGAAAGAUUCCAGCCAGUGUCGUCCUCGCCGGAGAUCCCCACCAGCUUGGCCCAGUCGUUCGCAGCGAGCUCGCCGAACAAAUGGGUCUUGGGAUGUCGAUGCUGGAGCGACUCAUGAACUUGACGGUGUACCAGAAAGAUCCGGAAUCCCACAAGUACAACCCCCAGAUCAUCACCAAACUCCUCAGGAACUUCCGCUCGCACGAAACACUCCUCCGAUUCUCCAACCAGCGCUUCUACGAGAACGAACUGAUCGCGCUCGCACCUCCGCAAGAGGUCAACUUUGCCGAAAACUGGAGCUACCUCCCAAACAAGAACCUCCCGCUCCUCCUGCACACCGUCCUCGGCGAAAACGAGUCCCUUCUCGGUCGCAGCCGAAUGAACACCAGCGAAAUCGAAACCGUCGAGUUCUACCUGGACUACAUCCUACGCUCCGGAAUCAACGGGCGCACCAUCACCCAGCAAGACAUCGGCAUAAUCUCCCCCUAUCAGCUCCAAGUCCAGCAGCUCAGACAGCUCUGCGAACGUCGCAACUGGCCCGCAGUCGAGGUCGGUUCCGUCGAGCAGUACCAAGGUCGCGAGAAGCUGAUCGUGCUGCUCUCAACGGUGCGUUCGCACACCGCCGACGUCGGCUUCCUGAACAACGCCAAGCGGCUCAACGUGGCCAUGACGCGGGCCAAAGCCCUGCUGGUGGUCAUCGGGAACAGCUACACGCUGCAGCACGAUCCGAACUGGUUUGAUUUUGUGCGGUUCUGCAAGGAAAACGGGGCCGUCGUGGGCAAGAAGUUCGAUCUGAACGCGGCGCGGAUCGUCUCGCAGACCAAGCGGCAGCAGAUGUUUGCGAAGCUGUUCCGGGAGAUGGCGGAGGUUGACAGAUGAGCUGUGGUAUGUAGUUGAAUAGGCAGUUUGUUGUCUAUUGCUAUUUAUAUUUUUGGAGCAAAAACGUGCAUUUAAGACUUGACCGGUAAUUUAAACGUAAUAAAACAGUUAAA